AUGCAUUCUUUGGAGAAAAUUUCUUCAAAAAUAGACAACUACGAUAAUAGAUUCGAUAUCGUCGAUGAGAGAUUCAACAAAUUUGAAGAGCGAUUAACCAGACACGAGUCUAGAGAUUCCAACAUUGCUGAUUUAGUCAGAAUUACAGUGGAGGAGUACUUAUCUAAAGUUCCCGAACAACAAUCUUUAUCGUUGCCACCACCGCCACCACCACCACCGCAGCAAUCUGUCACUAGUCCUGCUAAGGCCUCUCCUGCUAAGGCCUUCAGAACAGUAGCCCAGUCAAGUGAUGUUGAUUUUGUUACUGUUUCUCCUUCUAAAGACCCAGCCGUAGGACGCGGAUGCAGGGUAAAGUUAAAGGUAAGAGGAGAUGAGGUUAAAGAGAAGGACGAUAAGGAGGCUGAGUUAGCAACGAAGGAGGCUGAGUUAAAGAAGAAAGCGAAGGACGAUAAGGAGGCUGACUUAGCAAAGAAGGCGGCUAAGUCAAAGAAGGAUCCUAAGAAACUGGCGGCUGCGUUAAAGAGACAAGAGGCGGCUGAGAAGAAGGCACGGCUGGUUGAGGAAAGGAAAGAGGCGGCUGAGUUAAAGAAGAAAGCGAAGGCGCAAGAGGCCCCAAAAAGAAAAACGCGUGGCGGUGUAAUAACAGUAACUGUACCUCAGCCGAAACCGAAACCGAUUCAAUCCGAUAGUGAUUUUGCGGAUAUUACUGACCAAUAUAUCGCAGCACAAGACGAAGUACUUCCGGAGUCUGAUGUGGAGGAAGAGGAUAGAAUCAGAUCUGCAAGAAUUAAGGAAUAUCGGGAGAAAAAUGUUCAGUUAUCUCCAACUGGCCGUGGCCGUGCAUUGUUCGCUGAAAAUGCUCCUUCACCACCAGUUUUUCCUCACAUUGGAGACAGUGGAACGACAUCAACACAUGAGGGUGAGUUCUACAGGAACAUCAUCACUGAAAGACCGUGGCCAGAGAAAGAAUAUGGAUGGCUGUUUGAUGAUCAUAUUAGUGCGUUUCUGCGAGUCCUCACCAAAAGGUCCAUGCAAGAUCCCAGCCCAUAUUGGUCCAAGCGCAUUGCAUUUAUUGACCUCUGGUUCCUCAGUACAUGGGUUCACGAUUACACGCAGUUCAAGAUAAAUCCGUCGCAGAUGAAAUUCAAAGAUAAUGGCUAUGAAGAGUUAAUAAACGGCAGGAUGCCCCUGGACUGUCCUACAAACUUGAAGUGGUAUGAGGAUGUGGAUCAUCUGUACGGAGUGCUUCAAACUGGUGGCGAUCAUUGGGUGGCUUUUCACGUAGAUCUGCUUAAGGAGAAGAUUGAUUGCUAUGAUCCAAUCAUUGGACAGGUAACACCCGAAAGUGAAAAGAAGAUUGUAGAUGCAUUUAAGCCUCUUACGCAAAUGCUACCUGCGAUGUUGAACGAGAAUAUUCCUCCCACAUUCCGAAAACCCAGAAAGACGCAGUUUGCGUUCCGAAGGAGGAAAGGCAAAUACAUUCCACAAAACAACCAGAUUGGCGAUUGUGGAGUGUAUGCAUUGAAGUUUGUGGAAUGCUUAGCGCUUGGCGUGACUUUUGAUGGGAUAAAUGAAAGUAAUAUUCAAGGUAUACGGGUGAAGAUGGCAGCAGAUAUCCUCGAUGAGAAAAGAAAUGACAUGUAUGAACAAUUUAAGUAG